AUGGACCUCUGUUACAUCGAGAGCGAGAACUCUCGCUCUCUGAGUCACAAGCGAACGGCAAGAUGCCAUCGCUGUCAGAAGAUUGGACACUACGCUCAUGAGUGUAGUGUCCCAAGCACUACAAAACGUCCAAAGACAGGACGUGAUGACCGCCGUUGGCCAAGGAAAGGUCCGAAGCGUGGGUCCGACCAUGUCGCUAAGCCGCGACAGCAAGUCGGACCGUCAAAAAAACGGUCAGGGUCAGUAGGGGCGGAGCACCCUGCUGAUCCAGCAACGUCAAGAGAAUUUGCAGGACUCUUGACGAAGAUUGCUCCCAACACACAGUCGCUGUGUGUUACUGCCCCUAGUGAUGAGGAGUCCCUCAUCACUUUGAAGAUCGAAGUGACAAGUGGAAUGUCACUUCGCGCCCUAGUUGACUGUGGGGCGUCGAACAGUUUUAUUCGACGCCAGUCGCUAGACGAUAGUAGACUCAACUAUGUUGAGCGAGAGUUCCCUCCAAUGAGGAUGACGGCGUGCCUUGCUACAGGUGCAUCCGUAACAGUGAAUGAACGUGUAGUGGGAAUCCACUACACGCUAGAAGGAAAGCAGUACGAUGAUGAAUUCGUCGUACUGGAUGUGGAUGACAGAUUUGAUGUCAUCCUUGUUCGGCCAUGGCUUAGAAAGUACCAGCCAUGGGUCAGCUGGCAGCAUCAAUCCGUGAAGAUGCCUGCCGUUUGUUCAUCGGAUGGCCAUCUGAUGAACGUCUUGGAGCGUCCACAAGCGUGUGGAUGUACUACGAGUGAGUGCGAUGGCCUCACUUGUGGUACGGUCGUUAGUACGAUUACACGAGUUCACAGUGUAGAAGGCCACUACACUGUGGAAUCAAAUUCCGGCACCUGUGUAGAGACACAGGCUGCGCCGAAGGUUCACCACUCGAAGAGAUCGAGUGGACUGGAACACGGAUGCACACCAAGAAGGGUGCAUCCAAGAAGAGAGAUUAGUGUUGUUCAGGAUGAACAACACGUUAAAGCGAGAUCGACUAUCAGAGAGUCGAUCGUAGAGCAAGCCCGAUCGACUGAAAGAGAGUCGAUCGAAGAGGACGUGACUGUGGUAGUACACCCACAGUCAGUACACGUAAUGGAAGAAAGUUCCAGCGUUCCUGAGAGUGAUAACUCCCGAGAGAGUUAUGUUGAGGGUGUGGAUCCCCAACCACCUGCGGAUGUGUUUUCCCAGGAAAUCACCGAGACAGUGAAUGUCUUGGUGAAUGACGGAUCAAGUGUAGGCGCUUAUACACUUGAUCUGGUUACGCCUCCCGAAGUCAGCUUCGGAGGUAGUCAAGUUGCCAACGCUAGAAUCUAA